AGUCACCGCCCUUAUCCCAUCGCUUCCCACCAAAAACCAAAACAAAAUAAAACCACUUCUCGCUCGUCGAACACGCGGCUCACCAACCCAUCGCCGCUCCCUCCACCUCGCGCCCCGCCCCAUGGCCUCCCGCCUCCUCCGCCCCCGCCGCGGCUGGAGCGCCGCCCCGGGGCCCCUGCUCCUCCUCUCGCGGCUCCUCUCGUCCUCCUCCUCCGAGGCGGAGGCGGCGGCGGUGGAGAAGGUGCUGGUGGCGAACAGGGGGGAGAUCGCGUGCAGGGUGAUGCGGACGGCGCGGAGGCUCGGGAUCCCCACGGUGGCCGUCUACAGCGACGCCGACCGCGGGGCGCUCCACGUGCGGGCCGCCGACGAGGCCGUGCGCCUCGGCCCGCCGCCCGCCAGGGAGAGCUACCUCAACGCCGCCGCCAUCGUCGACGCCGCUCUCCGCACCGGCGCCAAGGCUAUCCACCCAGGAUAUGGUUUUCUUUCAGAGAGCGCAGAUUUUGCACAGCUUUGUAAAGCUGAGGGGCUUACAUUCAUUGGACCACCGCCUUCUGCUAUCCGAGACAUGGGUGAUAAGAGUGCUUCUAAGAGGAUUAUGGGUGCUGCUGGAGUACCACUCGUUCCAGGUUACCAUGGGGCUGAACAAGAUAUUGAGCUAUUAAAACUCGAAGCUGAUAAGAUUGGGUAUCCAGUUUUGAUCAAACCCACACAUGGUGGAGGAGGCAAGGGGAUGAGAAUAGUUCAAAGGCCUGAGGACUUUGUGGAUUCUGUACUGAGUGCUCAACGAGAAGCUGCAGCAUCAUUUGGCAUAAACACACUGCUGGUCGAAAAGUACAUUACUCAACCCAGACAUAUAGAAGUCCAGAUAUUUGGAGAUCAACAUGGAAAUGUGAUUCACCUCUAUGAGAGAGAUUGCAGUCUACAAAGAAGGCACCAGAAAAUUAUUGAGGAAGCUCCAGCUCCAAAUGUGACAGCUAAGUUUCGUUCUCAUAUUGGUGAAGCUGCUGUAUCAGCUGCAAAGGCAGUUGGUUACUACAGUGCUGGAACAGUGGAAUUUAUUGUGGAUACUCUUUCUGGAAACUUCUAUUUUAUGGAAAUGAAUACUCGACUCCAGGUUGAACACCCAGUGACAGAGAUGAUAGUUGGCCAAGAUCUUGUUGAGUGGCAAAUACGAGUUGCAAAUGGAGAGCGCCUACCAUUAUCUCAGGAGCAGGUUCCAUUAAAUGGACACGCAUUUGAAGCCCGAAUAUACGCAGAAAAUGUUCCAAGGGGAUUUCUACCUGCAACAGGAACCUUACACCACUACAGGCCAGUUCCCUCUACCACAACAGUAAGAGUUGAAACUGGAGUUGAAGAAGGAGAUACUGUCAGCAUGCAUUAUGAUCCCAUGAUAGCCAAACUCGUGGUUUGGGGUGAAAGUCGCAAUGCUGCGUUAGUCAAGCUAAAGAACUGCUUGUCAAACUUUCAGAUUGCAGGUUUGCCGACCAAUGUUGGUUUCCUUCAAGAACUUGCAGGUCAUAGUGCCUUUGAAAAAGGCCUAGUUGAGACACACUUCAUUGAACGAUACCAAAAUGAUCUUUUGAGUACUUCUGCUCAAGCCUCGAGUGUAGCACAUGAAGCAGCAGAGCUUGGUGCGAUCUUGGCUGCUGCCUGCAUUUGCCAGAAAGAUCACAUUUCCUCUGAAGUAUCUCUUCGUGAUAAGACACUUUCUGUGUGGUACACCCAUCCACCUUUCAGGAUGCAUCACUUUGCCAAGCGUCUAAUGGAAUUUGAGUUGGAUAGAGAACUUGGUGGGUCGAGUGAUGAUCUUCUUAAACUGUCGGUCACAUAUAGAUCUGAUGGCACCUACUUCAUUGAGUCUGAAGAUGGCUCUUCUGGUUUGGAUGUCAAAGUAGAUAGCAGAGGUGACCAUGACUUCCGGGUUGAUGUUGGUGGCCUGCAAACAGAUGUAACCCUAGCAUUUUAUUCAAAGGACAAUUGCAAUCAUAUACACAUCUGGCAUGGGAAGCAUCAUCAUCAUUACAGACAGAUGUUGAGAGCUGAGCAGUUACCUGACGACAGUUCUCAACCUAGCGCUUCCUCUGAGGCGAGGUCACAUCCAAAGGGGAGUGUUUUGGCACCAAUGGCAGGUCUGGUCGUAAAGGUUUUGCUUAAGGAUGGUGCACGGGUGGAGGAAGGUCAGCCUGUGAUGGUCAUAGAAGCAAUGAAGAUGGAGCAUGUUGUGAAGGCGCCUCGUGCUGGAUACGUGGAAGGGCUGAAGGCUACUGCUGGACAGCAAGUUUUUGACUCUAGUGUCCUUUUCACCGUGAAGGAGACCAACACAAACUGAGAAACCCGGAGAUCCAUCACCUGUAUAGCUCUCAAUUCACAGACGCUUCAUAAAGUUGACUGAUGCUGCCGCCGUCCAGAAGGAAAGCAAGCAGAUAAAGCAACAGUAGUUCGCAAAACCAACGCAAAUAAG